AUGGUUACUGGUGUUUACAUAGCCCAGGCAAUCGGCACGAUUGGUUGCGCGGCAGCUGCAGGUGGAAUUGCUACGUUAUCGAUUGCAUGCAUCCCCAACCUCACUCUGCCAGCGCGCCGCCCGGCCAAAUCUAGCCGUUCCUUCUACGAAACGCCUGGUAACCUCGCCGCCCAUCUUUCGCACCAGUGGCUGGACUUUUAUGAUCGUGGUCAUAAGAUAUUCCCAUCAGUUGCAGGCCUUUCGUCUCUUGCAAACAUUUACGUCUUCUGGGCGUUACGGGAUACGCCAACGGAAGCGGUAUCCAGCGUGGCCAAUCACUAUUUGCUUGCUGCUGCCGUGGCUAUGAGCAUUGCACCCUGGACUGUCUUGGCUAUGCUCAAGACCAACAAGACGCUGGAUUCAUACGCAGCGAGUGAUGAUGAGGGAGGUGCCGAAGAUGUCAAGGAUACAAUUACCAGCACAGAAGAACAGGCGAAGCGAUCCCAAGCGGACAAUGAGGUGCCUAGACUCUUGAAGAAGUGGGCGAAGCUUAACUUGGUGCGGUCCAUAUUUCCACUUUUGGGGGCUGCUAUCAGUCUCCACGCUACGUCUCGGAUAAUAUCGAGCCGAGCUUGA